CCCUGCUACGGAGGAUGUCGCAACAAACAUUGAGAAAGGUCCGCCAUUUCUGGUCCCAGCCUCUGCCAAAAAUCUUCACUGCUCUGGUCACCGCCUGCUGCUGCCUGGUUGUCAUGGAGCGGUACCUCACGGUACCGGACAAAACCCUGAAACAUCGAGACGAUGACGGUCAACAACCGAACAAGACUAACUCUCACUGGCUACACUCUCUCUUUAGAAAAGGAAAAAGUGGGAAUCCCUUGACAAUCAACGAGGAAAGUGAACGUUUAGGCUGUGUGUUCCCGGAUGUGGACCCCUACUCCCCAGGGAUUAUGAAGCUGGCAGGAUUAGACAAAAAACCCUUGCGAUGUGACAGAUACAUGCCUGAUAUCACCUACGUGAACCAGAACACUUUAACAGUUAACAGAUCGAGAAUUAAAAACGAAAUCAUGUUUAAAUUCUGCAAGUAUAGAGAUAUAUUUAAAAACGGGACAGACGAUAAGAAAGCGUUGUUCGGAGCAUGGAGCGAACCGUUCGAUACUAGCGUAAAACUACCAGACACCACGGAGUUUAUUGUUGUAGAGUGUGAAAACAAAGCCAAAGAAACGAUAUCAAGAACCUACCACGCGUUAGUUCCCAUACAUAAGGAACUCACCAAACUUAAACUUAAAAAACGUAGAAUCUCAGGAGUUAAGGAAACGUUGAAUGUAAUCAUGAUAGGCAUGGACGGAUUGUCUAGACAUCAAUACAUGCGGUCUAUGAAUUUAACCUACAAUUUCUUAAUGAAGGGACUUAACUCCUUCGAUAUGUCAAUGCACACGCAAGUUGGUAUCAACACAUUUCCUAAUUUCCUCCCUUUACUAACUGGCUACAAUCUCAGUGAGGUGGAAAAAUGGUGGACGUGGUCAGAAAAUACGGAUGAGUUUGACCUUAUUUGGAAAGAUUACCAUAAACAAGGGUACAGAACACUUUACACUGAAGAUCAGCCUAUAAUUGGUGGAUUCCACUUCGAGAAACCCGGAUUCAUGUUCAAGCCUACUAUGUAUUACAGCCGGCCUAUAAGCUUAGCCAUGGAGGCCGACAGAGAGCUCUGGAGGUCGGGUCCGCAUUGUGCGGGAAACGAGCCGGAAAUACAAUUCCAUUUAAACUACAUUGAACGGUUUUUCGACACUUUUCCGGAUACGCCUCUAUACGCGAUGUCGUUUUUGACGAAACUUACGCAUAACGAUAUGACCAAUUCCAAAAUGGCGGAUGAAAUGAUGUACACAUUUUAUAAAUCGUUGCAAGAAAAAGGUCAUCUUAACAACACACUGUUAUUGACCUUUUCAGACCACGGUCCAAGGCUAGGACUUAUUAGACCUACUGUAAAUGGUAUGGUAGAGAGCCGCGCCCCCUACUCCAUUUUCACAUUCCCAAGAUGGUUUUUAGAUAAAUACCCGGAAGUGACGAAAAAUCUAAAAAUAAACACGCGUAGGUUGACGACACAUUUUGACACUCACGCGACACUUCAUGACCUUCUGUACUUUAAGGUAAAGGACAAAUGCCCACCGAGUAACAAUAAACACGGCGUCAGUCUAUUUCAGGAAAUUCCCAAAAGUCGAACGUGUGAAGAUAUUCCAAUACCACUAGAGUUCUGCCUUUGUAACCAAGUACAGAUGGAACCAACAAACCCACGCGCCAACAUAUCCAAAGGUUUUUCAAAAAUUAUACUCCACGCGAUCAACACAAAAAGAAACGAAACCGUUUGCACGCGACUUCAACUCAAAGAAAUUCUACAAGUCGUACAGAUUAAGCUUCCCAGUCUAGGGUCGGAUGAUAAAAUGGUGUACAAAGUAAAAAUACAAACCAACCCAGGAGAUGCGAUUUAUGAAGGCACGAUUCAAACUACUUUGACACAAGAUGAAAACAUUAUGACGUAUGUGGAAGAGUUCCUGUCAGGGGGAGGCAAUAAAAAAUUUAUAGUAGGGGAAACAAUCGAUAGAUUGAACUUAUACAAAGGACAGGCUGACUGUGAGAAAAACGACGCGAGGAAACCUUAUUGUUAUUGUAAAGACUUAAUUACAUCAUGAAUAUAAUUGAUGGUAUGUUAUCGCACAUAGAUAUUAUUGAAUUGGUUACAUAAUUAACCUACUUGAACAAGAGGUAGUUUAGAUGUUAUUUGUAUCUGAUUAUUAACGCAAUUAUUCAACUAAAUUUGGGUUAACAGAAAUUGAAUAUCAUUAUACUUUUAUCAAA